AUGUUGAUAACUGCCGGCACUGUUGAAUCCAAAGCUCGUGAAUUGGCAACUAGAUCUAGACAAAAACAUGCUUUGGAAAAUGGUCAUGCAAUGGGGGAACAAGAACAACAACAAGUGGAAGAUCAGGAACAACCGAUGGGAAAUACAGGAUAUAGACUUCGGGUCCUACAUCGCUAUUGCUUUAAUUUCUUCCUGACUGUUGGGUUUUAUGAUUUUGGUUUUUAUGAUUUAUAUAAACCUGAUCCAAUUAGGACGCAAAGAAUACUUAGUGCGGUGAUUAAUUUUGCAAGAUAUAGAGAACAUUUGUUUAUUAAACAUGAAGCAAUAUGUGAGAGAGUGGAGAAGAAGAUUGCAGAAGUUAAAUCUUGUCGUGAAAGGAAGACACAACUUGAAAAUAAACUCAACCAGAUUAAAAAACGAUUAGAUACUAGUGAUCCAAAUAAUGUUAGUUUGAAAAAUAUAAAUGCAUUUAUUGCUAGAAUGGAAGAAGAUAUUAGGAGAUUAAAAGUUAAGGAAGGUGAAUAUUUUGCUGAUCGUGAGACUUAUAAGAGUGAAAAAGCUCGAUUAGUGAAAGUUCUUCAAGCUAAUGAAGAACGUCAAAUUAGGCAAGCUGAAGAGUUGGAAGAAUUGAAUUCAUUUGUAGGUGAUAAUUUGCAUAGAUUAAAUGAUUCAAUCGAAACCUUUAGAGGUGAUUUAGAAAGAAAAGAAGCAAGAUAUAAUGAAUUGAAACAACAAUAUAAUAACCUUACUAAAACAUUUGAAUCUGUUAAAAACUUAGAAGAAAAAGUUAGACGUUCACUCAAAUUAGCUGAAGACGUAGCUAAACUAGAUAAACAAGAAGAAGAUGAAAUUAAUCGAGCACGUACUCUUGAAGCAAAUCUAUCUGAAUUACAUCGUCAAACUGAAAAUAUUUCCCGAUUGUUAGAGAAUGUAUAUAAACAAAUUGCUGAAGAGGAUGAAAAUUUUAAAGAAUUGGAAAAAUCGUCAAAUAUACAGAUAAAGAAACUGGCUGAUAAAGUCAAUGAGGUUCAUAAGAAGUGUUCCGAGAAACAACAACAAGUGAAGCAAAUGGAAGAUGAAAUUAAGAAGAUGCAAGAUGCAAUUGGAACUAUGGAAAAUGAAAUUCAAUCUGCAGUGGCUGAUUUUGAAGUUGAAAAACAAAACAUAAUGGCAGAAUCACAAAGAGUUGGGAAUCGAUUAUUAACAUUUAUGCAAUCUGCAAGUGUCAAAUUAAAAGAUGCUCAAGAUAACAUUGCCAAUUGA